UGUUGUAUUUGUGUGUGAGGCUGCAAAUGAAUUACAAUCAAGAUAUUGUUAUGUUAAAAUAAAACAUGGUUUUUUGGGUGAAACCUACAUUUUCGGUAUUUCCAUAGCUCCACUUGUGAUCUUAAUACUUCAAGGUUAACCACAGACCAGUUUUUUAUUGUUUGGAGCCACAAUUUGAACUGAAGGAAUAGUGCUUUAACCAAAGAAAAGAGGGAGAAGACACAAUAAAGAGAAAGGUCAAUGAGAAAAUGUUGUAAACAAAGAUUCACUUUCUAGGCCUUUUAUUUAACCUUUGCUGUUUAACCAAAAUGUUUCUUAUGAGAUUAAUUAGUUUUUAUUUGAUUUAAUAAUUGACAUUUCUUCUAUAUUUGAUUCAAACUUUUAUUGGAAAGGUUAAUGCCUUGUGAAGGAGUGUAGACAAUUAAAAACUCACCUCUAUGCACGAUUGUUCAUUGUUUUUCUUUUUCAUAUCUUUAUCUUUACUUUCCACUCUCUCGGCUUAAUUCAAUUUUUGUGUCCCAACUCUUCAUUUUUUUAACACCAAUUAACACAUGUGUUUUUAAAAGUGUAUUUAUUCUGAUUGUGAUUUUUUAUUCAUUGAUAACCAUGGCUGUACAUACGGGAUCAGCUAAUAAUACAAACAGUAGUGGUGUCAACAAUGUUGGACCCAAUUCAUCUGCAAAUAGGAAAGAAAUUUAUAAAUAUGUUGCCCCAUGGACAGUUUAUUCAAUGAAUUGGUCGGUUAGGCCGGAUAAGCGUUUUCGCUUGGCAAUCGGAUCAUUCAUUGAAGAAUAUAAUAACAAAGUUCAGAUUGUUGCUCUGGACGAAGCAUCAUCAGACUUCUAUCCUAAAUCAACUUUUGAUCAUCCAUAUCCUACAACUAAAAUAAUGUGGAUUCCCGAUGCUAAAGGGAUUUAUCCUGAUCUAUUAGCAACAUCUGGUGAUUAUCUUCGUGUGUGGAGAUAUAAUGAUUCUGGUGAAACUCGCUUGGAGUGUUUGUUAAAUAAUAAUAAAAAUUCAGACUUUUGUGCACCUCUCACCUCUUUUGAUUGGAAUGAAGUGGACCAAAACCUUAUAGGGACAUCAUCCAUUGAUACAACAUGUACAAUUUGGGGCUUAGAGACUGGUCAAGCAUUGGGUCGUGUAAACCUUGUCUCUGGUCAUGUGAAAACUCAGUUAAUUGCUCAUGACAAAGAAGUUUAUGACAUAGCAUUCAGUCGAGCCGGUGGAGGUCGAGAUAUGUUUGCCUCUGUUGGAGCUGAUGGAUCAGUAAGAAUGUUUGAUCUCAGACACUUGGAACAUUCAACCAUCAUCUAUGAGGAUCCUGGUCAUCAUCCACUUCUUCGUUUAGCGUGGAAUAAACAAGACCCAAAUUAUUUAGCAACUUUUGCCAUGGAUGCAUCAGAAGUUAUCAUUUUAGAUGUCAGAGUUGCUUGUACUCCGGUUGCCAGACUUAAUAAUCACCGAGCUUGUGUUAAUGGUAUUGCAUGGGCACCUCAUUCAUCUUGUCACAUUUGUACAGCAGGUGAUGAUCAUCAAGCGCUCAUCUGGGAUAUAUCACAGAUGCCACGAGCCAUUGAAGAUCCUCUCUUAGCCUACAAUGCUGAAGGUGAAAUUAAUCAAAUUCAAUGGGCAUCUACACAACCAGAUUGGAUCGCAAUUUGCUACAACAAUUUUCUUGAAAUUUUGCGAGUUUAAGACUCAAGUGUUUUCUCUUCUUCAUACCAAUUAUUCAUCCUUGAAAGCUAGAGGUAACCUAAAAUUCCAUCCACAUACGAAUUCAUGUGAAAUUUCUCAUGCAAUCAUCCAUUUUUGCAAAUCACAUUUCUUCCUAAUGCAAAUACUUUUUUUUCAAAUCGAUAGUUAAUGUGAGAUAUCAAGAAGAGAUUCCAUUUUUUUUCGAGCCCUUCAGACUCAUUUAUUUAUUCUGAUUUUUCUUGACAGUUUUACAGUUUGUCACUAGAUUGUUAGCUUUAGAUAAUCAUGACUGGAGCAAUUUUUGCUACCUGAAGACCAAUUUGUAUGCUCUCUUCGAUUCAAAAUUAUUGUUGAUCUCUAUCAAGUUAUUUAGCACGAAUUGGACAUCACAUUUUUUACUUUGAAAAUUUGAUUAUAAAAUAAAAUCAAAUUAUAUAAUUGUAAUAAGGCA